AGCGGAUCCUAGGCGAUAGAACGCCCUGCUUGAUACUUUUAGCGCUCGCGAGCUGCGUUGGGUUCCAGGAAGCUGGGAUGGGAGAAGGGCCGUCUGCGCCUGGUCGGGUAAAAGCGUCCAAGGGUGGUCCAACGUCACCCAGGCGCUGAUCUGAUGCUUUUCGAGUCGGAAGUGUAGAACAGCCUUCCCCAUCCUGGUGCCCCCCAAGCGUGUUGAAUUUCCAGCUCCUUAAACUUGAGAGGGAUAUGGCUGGGAAUGAUGGAUGCUGAAGUCCAGCACUUCCAGGGAGGCUGAGGUUAAAGCCCAGCACAUCUCGCACUAGACAGAAUUAGAUCAGCUGCACGAGGUUCGGGGAAGGCUCUGCUAUUGUGCUUCAGCUCUUUCAGAGUAGAGGUGCUUUAGAGUAGAAAUCAUGGCUCUAAAACAGUCUGGUGAUGCCUGUACUGUACUAGAUUAAACCCUUUUAUGCUGAUUGGAUUGAUGUGGAGUAUCUUUCACCAUUUGUGAGAGCUAAGCACCUAAUAUUUGCUGAGUUCAAAAAACAAAGUAGGGCUGGACCUGGUUUGUACAUGGAUGGAAGACCAGGAAGAAAUCCCAGGGAGGCAGGCUAGAUUGGAAGUUUGAAAAAGACUUCAGAAGAAGGGAGUGGCAAAUUCUAUCUUUGCCCAAAUGGAGGCUUUAUAUAUAUAUCUCUAGACACACACCCAGCGUUACUACAACUGGACCUUUUGGUGAGCUUUAGCUGCUAGUGAUAUGAAUGAAAGCAGUCUUGGGGAUGCCAGUAGCACACACAAUCCAUGCAAAUACUGUUCUCAGUACAGUAUCCUACUUGGAACAGAUAUUUUUGAGCACUGCCUGUACUGACUCUAAAUAUAGGACAUGGCUUCUUAGGAUUCUUACAGCAAGAGACUUCCCAGUCUGGUCUGACUCAAAGAAAAAUUCCCACUGAUUUCAUUAGUAGUUUACUUUUGAGUCAUUGCAUGCAGUCUACUGUGAGAACUUUUGACGAUUAACCCAGCAUUGUGUUGAAGAGGAAACAAUGCCUGUGGAAAGAAUGCGAAUGCGGCCAUGGCUAGAGGAACAAAUAAAUUCGAACAAAAUCCCAGGGCUGAAAUGGCUUAAUGAGGAAAAGAAGAUUUUUCAAAUUCCUUGGAUGCAUGCCGCACGUCACGGGUGGGAUGUCGAGAAAGAUGCUCCUUUAUUUCGGAACUGGGCCAUUCACACUGGAAAGUACCAGCCAGGAGUUGAUAAAGCAGAUCCAAAGACAUGGAAGGCCAAUUUUCGAUGUGCGAUGAACUCCUUGCCAGACAUAGAAGAAGUUAAAGACAAAAGCAUCAAGAAAGGGAACAAUGCUUUCAGAGUCUAUCGGAUGCUGCCGUUAUCUGAGAGGCCUUCUAAAAAAGGAAAGAAACCCAAGUCUGACAAGGAAGAUAAAAUGAAACAAAUUAAGCAAGAACCACAGGAGUGUUCUUAUCAACUAAGUAAUGGAACAAGUCCAGAAUUUUCUAAUUACUGCUUAUCUUCCACAAUAAAAACUGAAGUCGACAGUACAAUAAACAUUGUAGUUGUAGGAGAAUCACACUUUGAAGUUGGUUCUGGGGAUCAUAUGAUAGUUCCCAAUCCACCAGAUGUUUGUCAAGUAGUAGAGGUGACAACAGAAUGUGAUGACCAGCCCAGCUGUAUGAGUCAACUAUAUCCACUACAAAUCUCUCCUGUCUCCUCCUAUGCAGAAAGUGAAACAACAGAUAGCAUCCCAAGUGAUGAAGAAAACGCACAAAGUCACCUUCAGUGGCAAAAGAAAAACAUCGGUGGGAAACAAUACUACAGCAAUUUGGGGACAAGGAAUCCACCUUACCCACUUCCUGGUAUGGCCACCUUUGUGACUUCUAACCAACCUGACCUGCAGGUGACCAUCAAAGAAGAAAGCUGCCCUUUGCCUUAUAGCAGCUCAUGGCCUUCUUUCCCAGAUCUCCCUCUCCAACAAAUAGUGUGCUCAGCUUCUACCAGCUACAGCAGCAGGCCUCCAGAUCAUGAGAACCGGGCAAGUGUCAUCAAGAAAACCUCAGAUAUCACCCAGUCAAGAGUCAAGAGCAGCUAAGCCAUUCACUGAUAUGUUCCUGGCAGAUAUUAUUUUAUGGCUUUGAGGAGCAUAUCUCAUGGACGUUCUGCAAAUUUAAGGAAACAAGCCUGGAUAGUGCAGGAUAUGACUCUGUUCAACUCCAGCAUUGGAGCAUCUUAAACUCAGGACUCCAAUCAUUAGAAUGUCGGAGUUCCAAGAUUACAGCCCAGGGAAUAGAGGUUCACAUUAGUAGUACGUUGCCAAGUUUCAUCAAGAGGACCAACAGUCCCUCCCAAAUAGAGGCACUUCAUUUCUUGCAAUCACCAUAGUGGAACUCCAAACUUUUGGAAUGAAAGAAAAAAAUGUGAACUCGCUGGAUUUUUUUUUCUGCAGAAUCUAUUGUAAAUAUGUACAUAGUGCAGCACUAGCAAUAUUGCAGUCUGCUUUCGCACCUUAUUAAAAAAAAAUAGCACUUGCAAAAAAGGCCUUUUAUUAAUGAAUGGCACAUUAAAAGCUCUGGGUUUGGUCUCUCCAAGGGCUUCUCUGACAUAUGUAGCCUUGGAAUCUGGAAAUAUGAAUUAAAAAGGAUGGUGAAACUUCCCGUGUACAUUUCACAGAUUGUUUUGAAGAGUGCUUGUCUUAUUUGUGUCUAAUCUGCUAUGCUUGAAAUCUGUGUGGUACAAUAGAAGAAAAUCUAUUACAGAUAUAUUAUGCAAAUUCCUAGGUUUUAAAGAAGAAAAGUACCCUAAUUCUAACCAGAGUAAGCUUUUUUAUUUUUUUAUACAGUGGAAUAUUUUAUUCAAAGUAAAAUUCUAAAGUGAAUAUAAUUGUUUCAAGUUUUUUUAUCUUUUCUACAGCAAAUUUAUAAUUUUACAAUUUAGUGUUUUGGCUGUCAACAACUAUCACAUCUUUGUGGCACUUUUUUUUUCUUUUUCCCUCUCUUGCUCUUCCUAUCUCUGUCUCUUUUUUACAAUUUGUAAAGGUGAAAUAGCUUUUAAUUAGUUUUAUGUAGCAAUCAAAGUAUCCUGUGGAUUGAUAAUAAAUAUUAUAUAUAGUUAAGUUUUUAAAUAAAUACUUUGUCUACAUUUAUGAAAUUAUCAGAAAUGAUAGAAGGAGUGAGUUGAGAAAUAUUGUGAUGAAUGACCAGUUUGAAUGAGAAGAGAAUGAUAAAAGUCCAGUCUAAAAAAUUGUACUCCAAAACACAGACAUUUAACAAAACCCCAUGGAACUCAAUCAGAGAAUUAUAUUCAACAGGUCCUGAAAUAAAUGAAUGGAAUUUCCUAGUGUUUAAACUUGAUGGCCUCAUGAGUCUAGUUUCAAAUAAAAUACUUAAUAUUUAAUUUAUUCAUUUCUAAAAGUAUACAAUGUGUCAUUUUAUUCCAGAAUCUCAAAUGCAUGCAUUGUAGGUUUGGGGUGCUCUGCAAUUGAUUUGGAAAAUCAAAAGACCCAGCAGCCAUCUCUUUUUUUCCUCCACUUCCGCACAGCAAAUAGGUCUUACUGCUUUAAAGAAGUGCUAUGCCCCCCGCAACAUAUCUUGAACUACUUCUUCAGAACCAUUUUCAAAGCGUACAUAGCCCUAGUGCAUAUCCAUCUUGCAGAUCAGAACAUCUUUAUACCAGCUUUGGAAGUUCAGUGCCAAAAGCGUUGUUGAAAUACAGUAUUAGGGCAACUUUAAUGUAAACUGGUGGUCAACCUGGUAGCUUUAAUUCUGAAUUGUAAUUAAACAUGAAGGUUCUAUAGGGAAUCCUAGUAGCUUCAUGUUUUAGUUACAAUUCUGGUUACGAUUCCCACUUAACCAAUCUUCUACAAUUGGAUUAAGAAAUUAACCGAAAUAUGGAGUUAACAGCAAAUAAUAUUAGCAAACAGAUCCCAGGCAUUGAGUCUGUGUUGGCUAUAUAUAUUUAUAAUGUAUUUAUACUAUACUUUAGAAUCUGCUUCAGCUGUUCUCAAACUGGUUUUUGCAAUUCUUCAUUACAAUAAAAUCAAUGUGUGAAACUGGAAAAAGUUCAACAUGGCUGCAGUUCU